AUGAGCAUCCACAUUGGCGAUCGCAUCCAGAUUGGCUCUGAUUUGGCAACCGUUCGGUUCUAUGGCCAAGUAGAAGGAACCAAAGGCGAAUGGAUUGGUGUCGAAUGGGACGAUCCUACACGCGGCAAGCAUGAUGGCUCUCAUCAAGGCACACGUUAUUUUACAUCGACAAAUGGCCCCACAUCAUGCUCGUUUAUACGCCCACAUCCAACCAAAGUUAUCACAGGACGACCUUUUCUCGAUGCAUUGAAAGAAAAAUACCUCGUGGAUGAAGAUCACAAAGAGGAAGACGUUGGACAUGUAUACUUUGGUGGCAAUAAGGAUUUGGUGGUUGAAACCGUUGGAUUUGGCAAGAUUGAGCGUGAACAAAGAAACUUGAGCAAUCUCAAGGUAGUUGGAUUAGCAGAUCAACAAAUCAACACUGCUGGGGAACCUGGGAUCAUUGCUGAGCAUCGUCUUUCCAUUCAUGAUCUCGAUCUAUCCAAGAAUCUACUGAGCUCGUGGGAUGCCUUGUCAGAAAUUACAAAGCAGUUACCUGAAUUGAUGAUAUUGCGACUAAACCAUUGUCGCCUUGAACCACCCAGCACAUCUAUUGAUCAUGCAGCAUUCUCAAGUAUCACAACCCUCGGUCUCAGCAGCACCAAAACGCCAUGGUUGACGAUCAUGCAACUUGAGCCAUUACUACCUGCAUUGGAAGACUUACAGCUUGGCAAGAAUGAGAUCCAGCAUUUGACCAAACCCGACAGCAAUCAAUUUCCACGCCUUAAAUGCAUCAAUCUUGAAGACAAUGAAAUCAGCUCAUGGGAUGAGAUUGCCAAAUUGGGAUGCUUGCAAAGCCUCGACAUCCUUUAUUUGAACGGCAACAAGAUACCAUCCAUUCAGCCCAUUGAAGCCAAUACAUUUCCAAAGCUCGAAUUUUUGCGCGUGGACAAUAAUCAAAUCAAGGAUUGGGGAAGUUUGGAUGUUUUGAAUGCUUUGUCAUCAUUAAGACGAUUACGGUGCAAGGGCAAUCCCAUUGUCGCACCACUGUCUCGUGAACAAGCCAUGUUGCAAAUUGUGAGCAGGAUCAAAAACUUGACCAUAGUGGAUGGCAACACGGUUACACCACGGGAGCGCGUAGAUUUCGAGCGAUACUAUUUGAAGCUAUGUACUAAGGAUGGCAGCACACACCAAGAGAUAGCAAGGCUUCAUCCUCGUUUUAGUGAAUUGUGUCAAAUUCAUGGCGAGCCUGACAUGGGUGAAAAGAAGGCGGGGGCAACCACACUUAAUGAUCGCCUUAUCCAGCUUACUUUCAGCUUACGGCCAUCUAUGGAUGAUGUAUCCCCAGUACAAGAGAAAAGUCAAUUACAGGCAGCGGAAAAAUCAAUCGAGAAACGCGUGCUUGGUACAAUGAAGAUACGCAACCUACGACAAGUGAUUCAAAAACUACUUCGAGUUCCAGCUACACGCCAACGUCUUUAUCUUAUUCAGAAUGGUGCUCAAGACCAUGAAAUGCUUGUCACAGAACUUGAAGAUGAUUUACGGGACCUUCAUUUUUACAGUGCAGCUGCUGGAGAUGAUAUUACCAUUGUACAAGAGUAA